AUGAGAAGUGUUGUAAAAUUUGCCCGUUUAUUAUUAUUACCAUGGCUAUUAUUUAUAGCCAGCAAUUCGACCGCCAACAUUGUCGCGGCAAACGGAACGCCAGUUAGUCGACCGCAGCAGCAGGAAGUGUUGUUUGCACCACAACAGCAACAACAACAACAAAUACAGCAAGAGUGGUAUCUUCAACAACUGCGACUCCAGCAAUAUCAGCAACAACAACAAUUACAACAACCUCAACUUAAUCCAACAUUACCCGCCAUUCCGCUAUCAGCACCCACAGCUGCUGUCCCCGCCGCUCAGCUGUUACCUGAGCCGGCAAAAGCAGCUACAGAGGAUUUUACAACAUCAACGCUGCCAAAUGGAGUAGGUUUUUCUAACGAAACCCUGGACUAUACAGAAAACACUUCGAGUGAAGAUGAUGAGAAGCAGCCCAGUGAAAUUCAGAAAGCUGUCUGUACGGUGACCGCCGGUGAGGUACGCGCAAGCGCUGAAGCUGUCACUACGAAGAAGCUUAAAGGGGUAUGUGGAUCAGCUGAGUUAAAGUUAGCCUUUAGUGAUUUGGAAGCUAAACUCUACAAAGAAUUGCAAGACAUAAAAACCCUUUUGCAAUACAUAGCGAAGCAGCAAGGCAUAAAUGUACCACAAAAGUUGACUCCGAUGAUUUUCACCACAACGCCGCCCGCAACGCUACAUCCGCAAAUGCAGACUAAUACACCGUCAACCACAUACGCCGCGACACGAACACCAACAAAAAAACCACCAACACCUCCAUCACAGCAAUACAAACCUUUGCUUAGCGUCAAACCCACAACAGCAUCCAAACCGAAAUUCCAACCGAUUAUUGAACCCAGAGGAAAUGCAGUGGACACAUCAGCUGAAGUCAGUUAUGAAUACGAGGAAUCUUCGGCGGGUGUGGAAGCCGAAGAGUCGUUGCCCAAAAAGGCGCCACAACUUAAGUCAUUUCACUCAAAGAGUCAAAUGCCGUCAUCGUCCAAUGAACUGUUACAAGAAGUGAGGAAAUUCAAUAAUACUAUGCUGAGUGAUCGAGAGAUGAAGGUAUUCACUUACUAUUGGAAAUUGGAGAAUUUCACCGGCCGUAUUGAGAGUGGUAGCAGCUCGAUGGUGGAGAGUCCAAUAUUUUCAAUAAAAGGGAAACCUUUGUACUUGAAAGCAUAUUUUCAACAUUUGCAUCGAGACUUUCUGUAUCUACAAUUGGUGGCAGCUAGCAAAAAAAGUAGCAACCGAAAUAAUAUCAUCAUCGAUAUGGGCGGAUUAUUUAAAGAAAUUUCCAAUGAGAAAGUCAGCUAUAAGCAUAAAAUAUCUGUACUGAAUCAGCACAAUCAGCGCUCGAAGGAUUUAAUAUCACAAGAAUUUCACAAUCUCGAUACGGGCUUUCUUAUACCAAACAGUGCAUUGCUCAGCAGUCCAUUCAUCAAAAACGAUUCAUUGUUAAUACAAAUUUUUCUUUAUUUAUAACUGAUCUUUUCCUGCUUAAUUUUGCUUUAUGUAAUCAAAUGGUUAUACCUUUUUAUAAGAUAUCUGCUGU